AAAUGUUGGAACAGAAGCUGGCAACCCUUCAGCGACUACUUGCUGUCACGCAAGAGGCUUCAGAUACUAGUUGGCAGGCUUUAAUAGAUGAAGACAGGCUGCUAUCAAGAUUAGAGGUUAUGGGAAACCAAUUACAGGCAUGUUCAAAGAAUCAAACAGAAGACAGUAUACGAAAAGAGCUUAUAGCAUUACAAGAAGACAAACACAACUAUGAGACAACAGCCAAAGAGUCCCUGAGGCGGGUCCUUCAGGAGAAAAUUGAAGUGGUCAGAAAACUGUCUGAAGUGGAGCGGAGUUUAAGUAAUACAGAAGAUGAAUGUACUCACCUGAAAGAGAUGAAUGAGCGGACUCAGGAAGAAUUAAGAGAAUUAGCUAAUAAGUACAAUGGAGCUGUAAAUGAAAUUAAAGAUCUUUCUGACAAGCUAAAGGUAGCAGAAGGAAGACAAGAAGAAAUCCAACAGAAAGGACUGGCAGAGAAAAAAGAAUUACAGCAUAAAAUAGAUGAAAUGGAGGAGAGGGAGCAAGAGCUUCAAGCAAAAAUAGAAGCUUUGCAGGCUGAUAAUGACUUCACCAACGAGCGGCUAACUGCAUUACAAGAGAAUCAAGCAAGAGUCAAAGAAUCUGAUUUGUCAGAUACUCUUAGUCCAAGCAAGGAAAAAAGCAGCGACGACACUACAGAUGCACAAAUGGAUGACCAAGAUCUAAAUGAACCUAUUGCUAAAGUAGCUCUUCUAAAAGAUGAAUUGCAGGGUGCACAGUCAGAGACUGAGGCUAAGCAAGAAAUUCAGCAACUGCACAAGGAGCUGAUUGAAGCCCAAGAGCUAGCUAGGACAAGUAAACAAAAAUGCUUUGAACUUCAAGCGCUGUUGGAAGAGGAGAGAAAAGCAUAUCGGGUGCAAGUUGAAGAAUCUAACAAGCAAAUAAAUGUUCUGCAAGCUCAGUUGCAAAGAUUACAAGAAGAUAUUGAGAAUCUUCGUGAGGAAAAGGAGAAUGAAAUUUCAAGCACUCGAAAUGAACUAGUCAGUGCUCAAAACGAGAUUCUGUCACUUCAGCAAGUAGCAGAAAAGACAGCAUCAGAGCGGGAUACAGAUAUUUCUGCAUUGCAAGAUGAGUUGCAAACAGUGCGGGCGGAACUUGAACGGUGGCGGAAGGAUGCUUCAGAUUAUGAAAAAGAAAUUGUCAGUCUGCAAGCCAGUUUUCAGCUCAGAUGCCAACAGUGUGAGGAUCAGCAGAAGGAAGAGGCUACUCGCCUAAAAGGUGAACUUGAAAAGUUGAAGGCAGAGUGGAGUGCUCUGGAAGCUGAAUGUGCUACACUAAGGAAGGAAAAUACUUUGCUUACAUCUGAACUUCAGCGACAAGAGAAGGAGCUUUCUAGCUCUCAGAAACAGAGUUUAGCACUAACCAGCGAUAUAAGUGUUCUUGAAAUGUCUCGAAAGGAACUUGAAAGUCAGAUGGGAACUUUGAGAGAAAAACAUCAACGGGAUGCAGCUAGUCUAAAAAGCCAACUCAGCGAAGCUGAGAGUCAAGCAAAAGAUGUUCAGAAAGAGUAUGAAAGAACACAGACUGUGCUCUCAGAGCUGAAGGCGAAGUAUGAGGUGGCUGAACAAGAAAACCAGUCACUCGCAGAAGAGCUCAAACAAUGUAAAGAAAACCUGAAGCUGCUACAAGAAAAAGGAAACAAUCCUUCCAUAUUACAACCCGUCCCAGCCGUAUUCAUCGGCCUAAUCCUGGCUUUCCUGUAUUGGUGUUACGGCCCAUUGUGGUAGCGAAAGAGACAAUGGCCUUGGAUGCCUGUGAUGGCAGCUUUGGUUGCUGUAACAGCCGUGGUGCUGUACCCAGGCCUAACCAGAGCUUCUCCAUGAGAACUGUUGUUGAAUCCAUACACCGUCCUCCCUUUAGAAGCUGGCAACAUUCAUAUACUGAGGGAAAACAGAUUAAGUCUCUCCUUUUUACCUCUUAAUACAGCACAGCUCUGCGUGAGAACAGCAGUAGGGUCAUUUGCUUUAAACUGUAUAAAAUGUAUCUGUCUAUAAAGAGGGAAUAAAAU